AUGUCUUUCGCGCCCAAUGGUCGCAUGCUCUCGCCGGGCGAGGUCUAUGAGGAGGAGCGCAAGCCUGUCAAGGAGGAAGCCUGGUCUGAGGACCUGAACGUUACGCUGAUGUGCCCCGACUGCCGCGAAAUGCCCCCAAAUCUCGUCGAGGAGUUCAGCGCCGGAGACACAAUAUGCGGUUCCUGCGGUCGCGUUCUCUCCGAGCGCGGCAUCGAUACACGCUCCGAGUGGCGUACGUUCUCCAACGAUGACCAAGGCAACGACGACCCUUCUCGUAUUGGUGACGCCGCAAACCCACUGCUGCGCGGUUCUCAGCUGCAGACCGAGAUCGGUUUCGGCGAUGGUGGCCUGAAGGUGCGCGAGCUGUCUCGUGCCCACAACAAGAGCAACCACGACAAGGGCAACAAGUCGCUCCAGUCUGCCUUUGGCCAGAUCACUACACUCUGCGACUCGCAGAAUAUCAGCAAGACUACGCAAGACACGGCCAAGAUGCUGUUCCGCAUGACGGACGAUGAGAAGCUGUUCAAGGGCAAGUCGCAGGACGCCAUCAUCGCCGGCUGUAUCUUCAUAGCUUGCCGGCAGCAUUCGCAGAACCGCAGUUUCCGUGAAAUCUUCAAAAUGACAAAUGUGUCGAAGAAGGAGGUGGGUCGUACAUUCAAGACACUCGAAGCCCACAUCCAGAGGUUGCAGAAGCAGCAGAACAAGGACAGCCAAUCCGUCCUGGACACUUCCAAUCUCACCACGAAGAACGCCACCAGCGCAGAGACGCUCAUGCCUCGUGCCUGUGCCAAGCUCGAUCUCGAACGUUUCAUUCAACUCAUCGCCGAAGAGUGCGCGCGUCUCGUCUCCGAACAUGGCGUCGCCGCUGGCCGUUCACCUCUCUCUAUUGCCGGCGCCUGUCUCUAUUUCGUUUCUCACCUCAUGGGUAACCCUCGAUCUCCUAAGGAGAUUGGUGCGGCCGUUGAAGUCAGCGAUGGCACCAUCCGUACCGCCUACAAGGCGCUUUAUAGCGCACAAGACCAGAUCAUCAAGCCGGAGUGGCUCGAAGCAGGCAAGGGUGGCGACAAGUCCAGGCUCCCUGCGAUCUAG